CGCUCACCCCUGAAUGCAUUUCCUUGAGCUGGGCAGAAAAGCGCUUCAGCACAUGUAAUUGGAGCCUAUACUUUACGGGAGGAAAAGGGAGAUGCUAACGGACUUAAACUAAGGAGGUUCAUUUAGCGAGUCACCGGCCACGAUCAAGAGAAAGAAGUCCUCCCAGCACGAGAGCAGCACUUCGGCUUGCAACGCCCGGCGCCGCGGAGAGACGGGUCGACUGACCCUGGGCUAAGCCGGACAAGGCUACGAACGGGCUGGGGUGGACGGACCGCCGGUCCGCACGGUGCGCGCGCCCGCUCCCCCGCCCCCCUCCCGCCGGUCGCCGUGGCCCUCUGGACAGGGGCGCUUUGCGGAGCUGCCCGCCCAGCCUGGCCGGCCAGAGUCUUCCCUCAUGCUAGAUACGCUUCGCUCGCCGGUAGCCUCUCUCGCGUCGGACAUGGCGACCUGCAAGACGGUGGCGUGGCUGAAGGAGCAGCUGGAGCUGGGCAACGAACGGCUGCUGCUGAUGGACUGUCGCCCGCAGGAACUGUAUGAGUCCUCGCACAUCGAGUCGGCCAUCAACGUGGCCCUGCCGGGGAUUAUGCUGCGCCGGCUGCAGAAGGGCAACCUGCCGCUGCGCGCCCUCUUCGCUCGGGGCGAGGAGGAGCGCGAGAAGUUCGCCCGCCGCUGCGGAACCGACACGGUGGUCCUGUACGACGACAGCAGCAGCGACUGGAACGAGAACGCGGCGGGCGACUCUGUCCUAGGGCUGCUGCUCAAGCGCCUGAAAGAUGACGGCUGUAAGGCCUUCUACCUGGAAGGGGGUUUCAGCAAGUUCCAGGCAGAGUAUGCCUUGCACUGUGAAACUAAUCUAGACAGUUCAUGUAGCAGCAAUUCUCCACCUUUGCCCGUCUUGGGCUUGGGUGGUCUCCGAAUCAGCUCUGACUCAUCUUCAGAUGUGGAAUCCGAUAUUGACCGAGAUCCUAACAGUGCCACGGACUCUGAUGGCAGCCCUUUGUCUAACAAUCAGCCCUCCUUCCCAGUGGAAAUCUUGCCAUACCUCUACUUGGGCUGCGCCAAGGACUCUACUAACCUGGAUGUUCUAGAAGAGUUUGGCAUUAAAUACAUAUUGAAUGUCACCCCCAACCUUCCCAAUCUCUUUGAAAAUGCUGGCGAGUUUAAGUACAAGCAGAUUCCUAUCUCUGAUCAUUGGAGCCAAAACUUAUCCCAAUUUUUCCCUGAAGCCAUCUCCUUUAUAGAUGAAGCUCGUGGGAAAAAUUGUGGGGUGCUUGUGCACUGCCUGGCAGGGAUCAGUCGCUCAGUCACCGUGACAGUUGCAUAUCUUAUGCAAAAGCUCAACUUAUCCAUGAAUGAUGCCUAUGACAUUGUCAAAAUGAAGAAAUCCAAUAUCUCCCCUAACUUUAAUUUCAUGGGACAGUUGCUGGACUUUGAGAGGACUCUGGGGCUGAACAGCCCCUGUGAUAACCGCAUGCCCAGCCAGCAAUUAUAUUUUACCACUCCUUCCAAUCAAAACGUCUUCCAGGUGGACUCUUUGCAAUCUACGUGAGGGCCAACUGAUCAUCAACUCUUCCAGUCUUGGGUAUUGUGAUCAUUCCACGAUGCUUCUCUUUUGACAGCUGCAGAGAACUGCAACACUUUUGUGGGCCUUGUACUUGGGCAAUAGCUGCCUCUGAGAUUCAACACAAUAAAGGUUACAACAUUUGGAAUCUGCUGUUACAAAGUGAAGGACCUUGCUGGGUUUUUCCCAGCAAGAAAAAAAACAGUAAGAUACUGAUUCAAGUUGGACAGCAUAUUGUGCUCAAUUCACAAAAGCCACUUACGCAGUGACUUAAAAUUUAGGGUUUCCAAACAGUGAUGGGGGAGAAUGAACACUAUAAGUACACAUCCAUGUAUGUGACACUGGGAGAAAUGUAUUAUGUGCAUUUAUAAUAUAAGUUGUCUUCAGUGAAGACUUGAUUUUUUUUUUCUUAAUACUGAUUUAGGGGAGCCAAAGAGAGAUUUCAGUUCAGUGUAUUUUGGAAUAUCUGUUUACAAAAAGUACUUUGUUAUACCCAGCUUGAUCAAUGUAAGCAUUUUAAGUUUCAGAUAAAUGACAUGAAAGUUACAAGAGGUCAACUUGAGAAGUAUCAUUUCUCUGCAUUCUCCAGUGAUAAUUUCUUUUGGAGUACAAAUGACACAUCUGCAGCAUGCUUAAUUUUAUUGUAGAAUUAGGCAAACUCUCUUGGUUUUAAAUGAAUGUCUAUGCCUUUGGGUUUGUUUAUUCUAUUUUGUGAAUGAAUAGUCUUUUCUAUAGUUAUAUAAUUUUUAUUUGUGGGGGGGGUGUACCAUCAGUCUGGUCUCAUGAUUUUUUGGGGUAGGAGCCUUACUUUUAUAAAUAAUCCCUGUUGCGUUCUUUAAAAAAUGGAGGCAAAUCAUUUCUUCAAACUGAAGGAUUGUGCCCUAACCCUUUUUAUUGGUCCAAUUCUAAAUAUAUAUAUAUUUUUAAAAGUUGAUAAAUGCUAAACAGUGCAUUACCUCUGUACAAACACUUCAGGGAGCUUCACCUCAAAUGCAAUAUCUUGCAUUUAUUUUUGUAGAAAACUGGAAGUGUGUGUGAAUAUUGUGUAUUUGUGUAAAUGCAAAAAGAUCUUGCACAUGAUUGUCAGUAAGGGAGAGUCUCAAAUUUGCUAGUGUAAAGUUGAGAUGUUAUUCUCAGUAUGUAAGAACUUAAAUUAUUAAUAAAUGACUAUUUUUG